CUUGAGUAUAACAAGUGAGAAGGGCGAUGUUUAAUUAAGGCCUCAAUGCUCAAAUUCAGCUAAUCUGUUAGGUUUGAGAGGAAAAUUAAUUUGUUCACGUAAAGGUUUAUGCUUGGUAAACUGAUGACCGAGAUGCAUUACAGUAAUGUUUUGAAGAAAGAUUAGACUUGAUGAGAAUCAUUUCAUUGACAAUGGGACCGCCAUCUAUUAAUGUUAAUAAUUCAAACAUCUAUAAAUUGCGUUUGAUUAGCUGUAGCUGAAAACUUUGCUGGUUUCUGUACCAUUUGAAACAUUGUACGGUCUGAAACAAAUUCACCAUGCAGCUCUCGUGUCCUGAGUUUGGCAUUGCUUUAAAUAAUGCUUCGUCAGUUCAGUCCAGCAACAUGGCGUGUUCUUUUGCUAACGUUGUUAUGGCUUUGCCAACAGCACUAAUAAACCUUUCCUUGGUUUUUGCCAUAAUUUUGACGAAUGGACUUACCGUACCAGGGCAAAUACUGUUGCUAAACAUGGCGCUUACGGACAUGCUUGCUGGCUUACUUGGCAUGCCAGGUCUGGCUGUUAUUUUCCUAAACAUUGGCUAUUUAAAGGACCCUUGCCACUUUGCAGUUUUUGUCAUACCAUUUGGCAUCUUUCUUGGGUUUGCCUCGUUCCUUACAAUUUCGAUGAUUGCAGUCGAGAGGUACUUGAAUAUUUUCUAUCCCUUUGUACAUAGUGCUUGGGUUAGUCCAAAAUCAGUUGCCAUCACGACCUUGCUAAUGUGGUUUGCUUCGGUAGCUCUUAUACUGCCAUCCGUGGAUGCCAAAAAUAGGCAUUUGCUGAUCAUAUUCGCUGCGUCUGUCACCUCACUUGGAACAUUCGUUAACAGUUUUUGUUACAUCAGUAUUUUAUGGCACGCAAAGAAAACUCGUCAACGAAUUGAUACCGAAAUGGCAAGAUUUGGGAACAAUACACAGCUAACAACAAACAGAAAUCGAAGCCUUCUACUCGCCGGUUGCCUAAUUAUGCUAUCGAUAUUCUUUUGUCAUUUACCAGUGAUGAUAAUUGCUGCACUAAACCUGUUUCAGUAUAGAAGUCACUUUGUUGACAGCCUUUUGUGCUGGUCCUGGACCCUGGUCAUGGUCAGUUCGGUUAUAAACCCAACCAUAACAUGUAAGUUCAAUCCGCAAGUAAGACAAAGACUCAUUAAACUCUGGACUUGUGGAUGCCAUAGUUUUUCUCGUAGAUAGGUAAACACAAAUGGUUGUAAUUAAAUGAGCACUUGGAUUCGUUCAAAAUAAAGCUAUAUCUUUUUAAUCAACCUGCACUGGCAAUGAAAAACUGAAAGCCGAUUACCAGAAAUAACGACAGUCUGUAAGACACUUUUCCCAACCCUUUUGUCGAGAUAUCUAGCUGGAGUCGUUCAGGGGCGCAGUGGGAGUUAACUUUUUUUGGGGGGGGGGGGCAGAGCUGAAAAAUUUCCGAUAAAACUAUGAUUUUUCCGACAAAUUUUUCUCAAUACAUUUCUUGAAGACUACUCUUGCUGCAUAUACUGCAACACUUGAUACUACAAUAUCACGAAUGGAUCUGGAAAUCGUUAACUAAUGGAUCGUUCGUUAUACACCUUCAAGUUCAACAAUAGCCUUUAUUCUAACAAAACUUACCAAAUAUAAAUCGCUAUGAACAAAACUGCAACUAGUUAUAAAUUUACACCCUACAAGUCUUCUCGCUAUACAAUAAACUGUCACGUUAGUGUUUUUAACUGUUUAUAGCAAAAAGUUUUUUCUGGCAAGUUUUAAAUCGCAUCAUAAUUACUUUGCACUUAUUUAUGCUAAAUCUUAAAUAGAUAUAACGCGUCCAAAAUAUUAGUUCUCCUUCAAAUGAUAUUUAUAUAAACUGUUACUCAAGCAGCAUCUUUCUCAAAAGAGGUGUGGCAGCAUACAAAUCGAUGAUGUCACCAUAGUCUAUCGACUGUAAAUAUCACUUUCGACGUUGAUUGUUAUCAGAGAGGAAAGGUGGUCUUGUCCCAUCGUUGACCAUAGCCGAUUUUUCACAAUCCCCAGCUUUGAAAAAGCUCUUUCAUAGUUUGUUGAGCCUAUUGGCAAAGUGACGAGAAUCUUGUAAAGAAGGACCAGCUGUGGAAAAGCACUUUGCAGGUUGUACUUAUCAUCAACUGAAGAACUGAAUGGAAGUUUUUUCUAUUCAAAGUCUUGGCCAAAUGAUUCGAUUUUUCGCUCGAUUUUUCAUUCGACUUUUCACUCACGCCAACAAAAUGUAGGCAAAGAAACACAAAUCGGCUGCCGUGUUUAUCUUGUGUGCAAAUAUCUUGACGAACUCGAGCGACAUAAGACCCUGUUCGUCCGUUUCAUGCAGGAACCGCCAUUAAAUACUUAUUUCGUUUAAAUAAAUUUCUAUUUUCAGGCAAAAUUUUGUUUCUUUCGACUAAUUCCAUUCUUAAAAUGAAAUACAUCAUUUAAAAAGGUCCCCUGGACCUCGAGGCCCCAGGGUAGUAUGCUUCCCUGCCCAGCAUAAGAGAUGAUAACUGCGCACGCGCUCACUCGACUCACUCGACAAGGUGGCCAAACGAUUCGAUUUUCAUUUGACAACACCUUUUUCACUCGACUUUUUUGAUAGAGAUCAAACUUCACUCGACAUCACUCGACGCCAAUCGACCUGCUCGACAAGGUAGCCAAACGACUCUAUUUUUCCACUCGAUUUCUUGUCGAAUAAAAAAUCGAGUGAAAAAUCGAGUGGUUUGGCCGGGGCUUGAAUAAAAAAUUUCUCCUGCAACCGGCUGAGAGCUGAUCUUCUCUCUAACUUUCCUAAAUUUGCGGUAAUUAUUGACGAAAAAGCUGUACUCAUCUCUUUAUUUUUCGUCAUCCAGGCCGUAAUUCUUCGCAACCUUUUUGAAUGACACUGCACACAAGCAAAAUCUGUCAAAAUUGCCUUAUGAGACGUGGAUUUUGUAUUCUUUGAGCUGAUAGCUGUAUCUACUAUCAAGAUGAUAUACGGAUUCCCUAUUUCCUUCUAAUUCAUCUAUGCAAUUUUCCCCUGGCAUCUUUUUUUCUGCGUAUUCUUCGCUCGACAAAAUUUUGAACAAUAACUUUUUGCGUCUUCUACAACACCAGCGAAUUCAUUUCGAAAUGAACUGAGUUGAACUUAAACUGUCAGAGAUGGAUGUUUAUAAAAUAACUGAGACCAGAGCGUUAAUUUCCUUUACAUAUUUCAGAAAUGCGAAGAUUCCGAUGAAUACUCUAAUGAAAAUAAGUAAGAAGGGUUGAGCAUGCCCUAUUUUACGACAGGUUUAAAAAAAUAUGCGACCUUUUGGACAGGAUCGAUGAAAACCUUACAUUUUGUCUAAUAUUUCAAAUUUUCCGACAAACGUUGGAUUUUCCGACUAUCCGACAAAAUUUUUGCCAGGGGGAGGCGGCUGCCCCCCUGCCCCCCAGCCACUGCGCCCCUGGAGUCGUUUGAAUAACGAAAACAGAAGUAUAUACGAAUCAUCAAUGCACAAGGAAACAUUUUGGUUAAUGUACAGACUUUGCCACGCUCUGCGCCAAAGGAAAUGGUUAUGCAAUGAUCAUUAAAACUGGCUGAUCCUAAAAUCAGUAUUUUGAGGAAAAGUCGGCAAAAAUAUUGACAUGACAGAAAAAAACGUACAAAUUUGCCAUUAUGCAAAAGCUUUAGAUAUACAAAUUUGUAAGUUAGGGUAAUGUGUCUGAACACAUCCAAGUCACAAAACAAGAAAAGCAGUCACAUUACCAGACAAUUACGUAAAGUCUCAUAAAAUGUACGUGAAAGUCACAUGAAAGGAAAGGAAAAUUCAUUUGGAAAGUACGGAAAAGGCGCAUGAAAAGUACAAA